UUCAAUCUGCAUUCUCGCAGCUGCAGGUCGUGUCUUGAAUUGAAAGGUAACAUAUUUCUCACAUAAUUGAAACGUAGCAGUACAUGCAAUAGCCCUGUUGAUCAAGUGAUUGCAACGAUAGCGAACCAUUAGAUUGCCGUGACAUGACAGUUGUUUAUCUGUGCAUUUAUGCUUGGUCUACCGAAACCGGGCUAUGACAGCACGGACACUUAGCUACCAGUUAUACACUGUAUGGCGUAGGCCCUGUCUCCUAAUACAUAUUUGACUAAAGCAGCGUACCGGUUUUAAAACCGGAAUAAGACGUCGCUUUUUUUUUCACCGGCAGUUUCUAAUAGGAUAGCGUUGUGAAUAUAUCGCGGUUGGUAUGUAUUGUAGACACAACCGAGAAGACAGCCAUCCGGAUUUGUAAAGAUUACAGAGAUUGCACUACGGUACAGGACUGCUUCCUAAUCUCACUGAGAAUGGAUGGGCAAUUCACUUGUUGAAAGGAAGCCCAUACAGUCUCGUGAAAAACAGGAUGGCCGAGCCUGAGCCGCCCCUCUCAUGUGACUGCUUUGUAUCCUUGCCCCCUGGCUCACAGGAUGAUCACGUAAUCUUUGGGAAGAACUCGGACCGCCCUCGAGAAGAGGUCCAGGAGGUCCUUUAUUACCCAGCUAUGGAUCACCCACCAGGGACUAUGCUGGAGUGCACGUACAUUCAGAUCCCUCAGGCUGAGCAUACCCAUGCUGUGGUCCUCAGCCGACCUGCCUGGCUCUGGGGCGCUGAGAUGGGGGCCAACGACCAGGGUGUCUGCAUCGGGAAUGAGGCAGUGUGGACCCGCGAGGCCAUCGAUCCAGGGGAAGCCCUGCUAGGAAUGGAUCUGGUCCGGUUGGGACUGGAGCGCGGGGACAGUGCCUGGGGCGCGUUGAACGUGAUCACCGGUCUCCUGGAGCGCCACGGCCAGGGUGGACCGUGCCGGGAGGACCCGGCUCCCUUCAGCUACCACAACUCCUUCCUCCUGGUGGACCGCGAGCAGGCCUGGGUCCUAGAGACCGCCGGCAAACUCUGGGUGGCACAGAAAGUCACAGAGGGGGUGAAGAACAUCUCCAACGCGCUGACAAUCGGAACACAGAUCUCAGCCGAGCACCCGGAGCUGAGGAGUGUGGCUCAGGCCCAGGGCUGGUGGAGCGGCGAGGGAGAGUUCUGUUUCAACGAGGUGUUUAAGUCCGAAACCCCCCCCGCCAGGAUGGAACUGGCCAAGAAGCGCUACAGUGCAGGCACCCAGCUACUUCAGCAGCAUGAUGGUGCUGUGACUGCCAAAGUGAUGAUGUCCAUCCUGAGAGACAAGCCCAGUGGGAUCUGCAUGGAUUCCGGAGGAUUCCGCACCACUGGCAGCAUGGUGUCCAUCUUGCCCCGCGACCCCACCCUGCCCUGCAUCCACUUCCUCACUGCCACCCCUGACCCCUCCAGGUCUGUUUUCAAGCCUUUUAUCUUCUCUGAGUCUGUGACCCCAGUGUCGAAGGUGAUCUCCCCACAUUAUGGCCCAGACGACCCGGUCAGGAAGCAGCCCCGCUUCCAGAGCCAAGUGGAACGCAGGCACGACCUGUACAAGGCCCAUGAAGCAGCCCUGCAAACUAUGGAGAUAAAUCCAGAUGCAGGCUCUGUUCUAACAGAGACAUUGAGGAUGUUGGAGGGCCAAUGUCUGACGGACAUAGAAGCCCUGCUUAGUGGAGAAAUACCAGCCGAUGAGGAGCUUGGGGACCUGUUCUUUGAUUGCGUGGACACGGAGAUGAAGUUCUACCAGUGAAGGUUUGCGCCCUCAUGUGGAGACUGCUAUCGCUUUCAGAUGGGCAGGAUGUGACCCCGACACUGCUGCGUUCUGUGCUCCUGUUUGAUUGGCUCCCCUCCCGUCUCACACCCUGACACCAUUCCAUCCAUCAUUGACAGACAGUAAAAUGUCUUAAAGUCCCUUUCGAUUGGACCACGAUAAAUCCUCUGUAUUGCUUUGAGGCUCGCACCCAAUUAGUAUGUAAUAGACCGCCACAGGAAUGUAUGUAGAGCUGUUUGACAUGAAAAGAUCUACUGUAAGUAAGCCAUUUGUAAAAUGUGUUGUUCAUUGUUGCAAGUAAUUGGGGGUUAGUUCACUGACUGCCCAUGUGGGAAUGAACUAAUGAAAAUCAUGAUCUUUGUCUGCUGAUCAGUGCUGUAUUUAUUAACACUGUAGUUGAUUAAAAUAAAGAUGGCACUUUUCAA